AUGCUCCUGUCUCAGCAGAAUGAACUGAAAUUCAACCUGGGACCAGAGAAUGAAAGUACAGUUACUGAGUUCAUCCUAGAGGGCUUCUCAGGGCUUGAUCAAGGACUACAGCAAUUUCUCUCGCUGGUCCUUCUGCUCGUGUACCUGACAACAGUGAUGGGGAACACAACCAUCAUUUUCCUCAUGUGUGUGGAUCACCGCCUGCAAACCCCCAUGUACUUUUUCAUCAGCAAUCUGGCCUUCCUGGAAAUCUGGUUUGCAUCCUCCACAAGCAUCAAAUUGUUGGUGAUCCUGAGUUCUGGAAGGAGGACAAUCUCACAAAGUAGCUGCUUUGCCCAAUCCUAUUUCUGUUUUGGCCUGGGCUGUACAGAUCUUGUUCUCCUUGUUGUCAUGCCCUUUGACCGCUACGUUCCCAUCUGCCAGCAUUUGCGUUACGCUGCCAUCAUGAAGCCUCAGCUCUGCAUCCACCUGGCUGUUGCUGUUUGGAUCACAGGCAUCACACUCUCGACUUACUGUCUGGUCCUCCUCUACAAGCUGACUUUCUGUGGCUCGAAGAUCCCCCAUUAUUUUUGUGAGAACUCGCCCUUAUUCAAAUUGUCCUGCUCUAACACCAGCCU